AGUUUUAUCAUCUUACGUCAUUUGGUGUUAUGUAUUUUCACAACGUUUUUUUUUGUCCCCCAUAUCUUUUCCGGGAAAAAUAUGUUCUUUCCGCGACUUCCAUUUCAUAUAUUGGAAAACCCGGAAAUAGGCAAAUAUCGCGGGAAAAUUUGACAGGUGAAAACUUUCAACCAAAAUGGCAAAAAGUAAGCUGCAAAUACAGAAAGAACUGUUAUCGAAACAGAAAAAUGCAAAGCUCAAUUUGAAUUCAAAUUUGGCUCCCAAUAAGCUGAAAAAGGUGAAGAAAGCUGGCAGUGGCAGAAAACGGCUGAAACCUUUGUCUGACUUGAGGAGCAGGCAGUAUGCCAUUGGAACUGCUGCUCCUGACUCUAAUGUGCAUUACUAUAAGUUUACUGGAAAGCAGACAAAAAACUGGAAACCAGUGGGGAAACAGCUUAGAGAUUACCUGUAUCAUCUUAUAGACAGUGGUGUCAGAACGGUGGGAAGUAAACCACAGUUUUCUAACAAUGAAGAUGUUCAGCAGCUGUUAAAUGAAUUAAAGUUACAAUUGAAAGCAAAGAUGCACACGAUAAGGGUACCCAACAAAAGGCAUGGAAUUUAUAACAAACUCAAAGCACAGACAGAGGAACUAAAGGCUGAAUUUGAUGCACUAACCCAACAACAACUUCAGCUUGAAAAGGCAAUCAGAGAGGAAGAAAGGGCAAUAGAGAGUCUUGAAGACCUUGAGAAUACAAGUCACCCAGUACAGCUUAAAAUUCAGAUUCCUGAGGACACAUUAGACCUGCCUAAAAUGGUAUUCUGAAAAGUGACAGUUGAAAAUAAUUGCUAAUUGACCCUCAAGUCAUUUACUCGAGGAUAUUUGAAGUAUGAGAUUUUUGCCCUGUGAAAUUCUGAAAUGGAUGCUUUGAAGUUGGAAAAAAAAUGUGAUACUAUGCGAUUAAAACUGCAAAUUCAGUUGAGAACAAAAGAUGGCAAGGCUUCAGCUGUAAUGAUCUUACUUCAUCAGUCCAGACAAAAGUGCAGUUACCCAAACAUAACUUCUCCCAGUGCCUGUGAUGUUCCUCCGCUGGAGCAAACAGCUAUUUUCAAUACAGAAAAUUCUGUUUUAAAUGUUUUGAACAAAUCCAUAUUAUUAGUGUUACGGGCAAUACACUGUUGUAUUUUAUGUAUUGUCUUGGGUAUUUUAGUACACACAUUGUUCACUAGUUCGGUUCUUGAAAUAAAACAAGUAUACCGGUAAUUGUUGCUACAUGCCUGUUAAAAUUAGUUCAUUUUCAUAUACUGAAAAAAAAAGAGAUCAAAAUAACACAUCUGAAACUGUAAGUUACUGGUAUAAACAUGUAUUUUUCUGCAUGAGUUCCUGCUUUAGGACUGUGUUCCUUCUAACUGAGUUCUUGUUAUAACUAAGUAAAUUUUAUCGAAAGAUUGCAUGUAUAUGAAAUAAGGCAAAAACUAUUGAGAUGAUAGGAUGCUCUUCGUAUUUGAAUGUUUGCUUCAUCCGAGUUCGCUAUUUCUUUGUUAUAUACUUCCAAGUUUGUGUCCGAGCUGCUGGGUAAAAUGAAAGGUGAAAGUAGGUAUUUCCUGUUGUCUACCUAUGCAAUAUUAGUGUUUUCAUCAUGUGUCUCAGUUAUGUGACCAUGGUUUCAUUGCAUUAUGGCCAAGGUACUCUAUAUUUUUAUGACAGGACCUUCCGGACAAGGGUAGUCUUAUAAGAUGUGAAAGGUGGAAAAUGCUGAUAAAACAUGUUAUGUAUUGUUAUUAACUCACUUGAGCCAAAGGCUCAUAGUGAGCUUUUAUGACCGCUUGAUAUCUGUUGUCCAUCGUGCGUCCGUCAACAAUUUCUAAAAGAAGUCUUGUUCUUCAAAACCACUGGGCAGAUUUACACCAAACUUCACAGGAAUGAUCCUUGGGUGGUCCCACUUUCAAAAUUGUUCAAAGAUUUGAAUUCCACACAGAACUCUGGUUGCCCUGGCAACCGAAAGGAAAAACUUAAAAAGUCUUCUUGUCAAAAAUCGCAAGGCAUAGAGCCUUGAUAUGUGGCAUGUGACAUCUAAAGGUCAUCUAUGAAGAUUGUUCAAAUUACGCCCCUGGGUUGAAAAGAACCCCGGGGGGUCCCAUGUUUUACAUAGACUUAUAUAGGAAAAAACUUUAAAAAUCUUGUUGUCUGUACUCACAAGACCUAAGCCUUUGGUAUUUGGUAUGUAGCAUGUGGCUCUCUACCAAGAUUAUUCAAAUUAUUACCCUGUGAUGAAAAUAGGCCCUGCCCGGGGGUCCCAAGUUUUACAUAGACUUAAUAUAGGAAAAAACUUUAAAAAUCUUCUUGCCUGAAAGUUCAAGGCCAAGGCCUUUGAUAUUGGUAUGUAUUAUUGCCUAGUGGGUCCCUAACAAGAUUGUUCAAAUUAUGCCCCUGGGUUGAAAAGGGGCCCCGCCCUGGGGUUCACUUGUUAUAUAGGAAGAAAUACUUUAAAAAUUAUCUGAUCAUAUUUCCUAGACUGUUUAAUUAUAAUUACCUGAUGACCCCAAGUAAUUAGGGGUCACUUGACCUACUGACCUACUUUUUUGUUUUUUAAGAUACAGCCUUGAAAUUUGGAUGACAUAUACAGUUUUGCACACCGAUCUUAAAACUGACUUUCAGUGACCUUGAAUGUGACCUACUGACCUACUGUCUUAAUAUUUUAGCAUCAGUUUGACAUUUGAAACAUGUAUUUCAUAUUACUCAGGUGAGCUAUCCGGGUUCAUCAAAACUGGUAUUUUCUGAUCAGAGUUGAAUAAUAAACACCAAUUUAAGAAACAAAACUUAUUAUAUUAUUUUCAUAUUUUGGGCAAAGUUGAUACUUUUCUGGAAAGUAGGUUAAAUUCUGAGUAUUUGAAGUAGUUCUCUACAACUUGGUUUCACAUCAGGGAUAUCAUUUUAGAUAUGAAUGACAGAAAUUGAUGUGAUGGCUUUUUGAGUACUUGUGACUGUUUCUUGCAUAUGAGUAAUAGAAAUAAGAAAACUAAGGUCGUAUGAUACAUAAUUUGAUGAAAAGUUGUCAUAUUCUGCAGUCAAUCCCAUAUUGUGUUGGUUUUCUGAUUGCUUAAAGACAGGCCUUCAGGACAAGUGUAGUCUCGCAAGAAGUGAAAGGCUUGAAGUGCAGAUAAAACAUCUUAUACACCGUUAUUUUUAUGAAGAAAAUGAUAGCGGAGGAAAUUUAGUAUCUUCUAACCUUUAAAAUGAAUGGAAAUUUAAUUUUUAUUGGGAUUUGAUUUUUUUUUGAUGUUACCACAAAAAUCCCCCCACCCCACCAUGAAUAUCAACGAUUUCAUAGUAGUACUGAACAUGUCUUGAAUAGUGCCAAAUCUGUAUCAGGGGAGGUAAAGUGAAAGCCAGGAUUAUCUUCUAAUGCGUAUUUCAGACAAUGUUAAUAUUUUAGAACCAUAAAGAUGUUGCUAUAUGUAUUGAUUUGUAUAAGACUUCAGGGAAAUUCUUUCUUGAAAUUUAUGUGGAAACGUGUUUUUUAUAUUUUGUGGGAAAUAAAAAACAUGAAUACUUU